AUGGAGUCCCUCCGCCCAGCACUGGCGACAAUGCGCCUGUCCGCCCCCGCCAGGCCCUACACACGCCUCUGCCAAUGUCUGCACACGUCGGCGGCACGGGGCGCGACGCCUCUGCCACACCCCUCAGUCCCCGGCCCGCCGCCCGAGACGCCCAAGGCACACCCCUCGGAUGCUGCUGAGCGGGUCGCGCGCAAGAGGAGGCAGGCCGACAUGAUGAAGCAGGCCCGCGAGAUGCGCGAGGCCGCCUCGUCGCCCGCCAACAAGCCCAAGAGCAUGCUGGCCAAGCGCUUCUGGAAGGACGUCUCGGUCAAGGAAACCGACGCCGGCCUGCAAGUCUUCCUCGACCACCGCCCCGUGCGCAUGCCCAACAAGCAGAUCCUCACCGUCCCCGCCUCCAAGCCCCAGCUCGCGACCGCCAUUGCCCUCGAGUGGGACCUCCUCAUGAGCGCCCAGCAGGCCCUCAAGAACGACUACAUACCCAUGACGUCGCUCGCCGCGCGUGCCAUUGACAUUGACGCGGCCGACAAGGCGGGGCAGGCCAACGUGCGCAACGACAUCCUCGCCUACUUUAUGCGCGUGCUCGCUACCGACACGCUGCUGUGCUGGGCGCCCGAGAAGGCCGCCAACGACUACCUGCACGACGGCAAGACGCUGCGCCAGAUCCAGGAAGACGUCGCCACGGGCAUCAUGGCCUACCUGCAGACGCACGUCUUCCCGGGCGUCGACAUCAAGCCGACGCUCGACCCGGACUCGAUUAUCCCCGUCGAGCAGCCCAAGGUGACACAGGAGGUGAUUCGCGGGUGGUGCGCACGUCUGCCGGCCUACGAGCUUGCUGGUCUUGAGCGCGCGGUGCUAGCAUCCAAGAGUCUGCUGGUCAGCGUGCGGUUGAUCCACGAGUGGGCCGAGGCGUUUGCGCAAUCGCGCAAUGCGGCCGAUGCAGGCCGCUUUGGCAUCGAAGAGGCAGCCGAGGCAUGCAGCCUCGAGGUCAAGUGGCAGACGCUGCAGUGGGGCGAGGUCGAAGAUACACACGAUGUGCAGAAGGAGGAUCUGCGGCGACAACUAGGGAGUGCCGUCAUCCUCGUGAGUGGAAACUCGCACAAGCGCUCCAAGUCGGCCAGCGUCAAGAACCUGCUGUCUCGCGUCUCCUCCAGGACCGACGCCGACUCGCUCGACCCCAGUCCCAGCGACAAUUCGCCGCCGGGCUCAGCUACCUCGACCACAUCGCAGCACGCCGCCGUAAUCAAGGGACACAGCACCAACCCCGGCCACGGCCACGGCCGCAGCCUGUCCAAGAAGCACCCCCAUCUCUCUGCCAGCAUGUCGAAUGCCGGUGCGAGCCAGGAUGGCCUCAAUCCCCCCUCCGCCUCCGCCUCCGCCGCCGCUGUCGCCGCCCCAACGUCGCCCACGUCACCCACAAAGUCGACAUCCAUCGAACAGUCGGUCAAGCUGUUUCGAGUCUUCGAGUCCCUGCGCAAUGGCGAUACGGUAGCAAUCUCACGCGCCAUCCGCGAGCAGUCAAACCCCACCGCCGAUGGCGAGACCAACAACAGGGCCUCGAUAAUGCAGCUGCCCACCGCUCGCACAGAGGGAACGUCGAUCCUCCACCUCGCUAUUCAGUGUGCUGAGCUGCCCGUCAUCGAGUUUGUCCUGUCCAAUGCCACUUCAGCUCCGGAUUCGCCCAUUGACAUCAAUGGCCGCGACCGCGAUGGCAACACGCCGCUGCACCUCGCCGCCACCCUCGGCCGCACUGCUGUCGUGCGCGUGCUGCUCGACCAGCCGGGUAUCAACGACUCGGUCACCAACUACAGUGGGCAGACACCGCUCGACCUCGCCCGCACCCCCGAAAUCUUCCAGCUUCUGCAGCUGUCACGCUCCAUUUUCAUCGACACAAACGUGAAGAAGAUACAGCAGAUGGUGGCUUCGGGGGACAUGGAUGCACUAGAGAAGAUACUGCAAGACGCCCGGAUAAAGAGCACCCUCGACGUCAAUGGCGGCGAGCUCGCGACCGAUCCGGUCGUCAUGGAUGCUGGAGGCACGCUCCUGCACGAAGCUGCAAAGAAAAAGGACGUCAAGCUUGCCCAGCUGCUCCUGUUGAACGGUGCCGAUCCAUUCCGCCGCGACCGCAAAGGCAAGCUUCCUCAAGACUACACCAAAGACGACCGUACCCGCGCCAUCCUCAAGCGAUCGCCAGCUGCUGCUGCCGCACAGAGAGGAAUACAGGAAAAGACCAUUCUCGCCGGUGCGCCAGUAGGACAGGCGGCGGCAGAAACUGGAAUGGGUGCCAAGGAAUCGCGUGAGAUGAAGGGAUACCUGAAGAAGUGGACAAACUACACAUCGGGAUACAAGUUGCGUUGGUUUGUCCUCGAGGACGGCGUGCUGAGCUACUACAAGCACCAGGACGACACGGGAUCUGCAUGCCGUGGCGCUAUCAACAUGCGGAUAGCCAAAUUGUACAUGGAUCCCCAGGACAAGCAGCGCUUUGAGAUUCAGGGAAAAUCGUCUGUAAAGUACCACCUCAAAGCAAAUCAUCAAGUCGAGGCCAAGCGAUGGUACUGGGCACUGAACAACGCGAUCCAGUGGGCCAAGGACGAAGCGCGGGAAGAAGAGAAGCGAGCGACGCAGGACCAAGAGAUACUGAAGCAGGCCAAGAUCGAGCAGAUCAAGGGCGAAGGAGACUCUUCCAGUCUCGGUAGCUCCAAACUAGCCAACAGCGCGAAACAUCUUUCUUCGCCAACGACUCUGAGUGUCCCAUUCUCCAGCCUUGAUGCCACAUCCUCUCGUACUGCGGUCAGUGUCACGGAGGACCCUGGAAGCACCUACGAGCCUAGCAUGCACAGCCAGGGCCUGGACAGAAUGGUCAGCCAAAUGGGUCCAGCUACCGCUGGUGGCGACGAUGACGAUGACGACGAUUAUGGGGACGAUACGAGUAGUCACGAGAUGAAGCCUCAGAGCAAGGAUGCCUUCAACAUCACAGCACAGUCGGCAAAGCUGCAGCUGGAUUUGUUAACUUCGGUUUCUGUAGCGCUGCAAAAAGAAAAGGAGCGAUCACCAAACAUGCAGAUUUCCGAUCCCAUCAUGGUGCAAGCGGUGGCCUCGUACGAAUCAGCCAUUGGUAACCUCAAAGGCCUUAUCGGUGAUUUACUCAGAAUCUCUAGGGACCGCGACGCUUACUGGCAGUACCGGCUGGAUCGUGAGGCUAACGUGCGUCGCAUGUGGGAAGAGAGCAUGGCCAAGGUCGCCAAGGAGCAGGAAGAGCUUGAGAAUAGGUACGGCGAGUCGGAGGAAAAGCGCCGAAAGCAGAAAAAGGCCUUACGAGAAGCGCUGCAAGACUAUGAAAAGAGCGAGCCUGGCACGCCAGCCAAGGAAGAGAAGGAUGAGUUUGCUGAUGCUGCUGAGAAUGCUGCACAGCAAAACGAGUUGUUGGCGCCCCCGGGAGCAGCUGCCAAAGCUCAGCAGGUCAGGAGAAAGGCCACUUUUGCUGACAUCGCAGCCGACAUCUCCGACACAGAGUCAGAGGAUGAUGAGUUCUUUGAUGCUGUUGGUGCCGGAGAAGUCGAGGUUGUGGAGAUGCCCCGGCCCAGCACCUCUCACACCGAGCAAGUGGACGUCCCAGUCUCUGCUGACGAUCUAUUUGAGAAGAGGUCUUUGGAUAUAGCCACAGCAUGGGCAGGAUACGAGGACGGUCCACGAAAACGCCUGACUAUGGAUGCAGACGAUAGACCAAAGGUUUCACUUUGGGGCAUUCUCAAGUCUAUGAUUGGCAAGGACAUGACCAAGAUGACUCUGCCAGUAUCCUUCAACGAGCCAACCUCGCUGCUUCAACGUGUGGCGGAGGACAUGGAAUACACCGACCUCCUCGACACCGCUGCUCAACGAGCCGACUCGACCGAGCGUCUGCUCUAUAUUGCUGCAUUUGCCGCUUCAGAAUACGCAUCGACUAUUGGACGUGUUGCAAAGCCUUUCAACCCUCUGCUUGCUGAGACAUAUGAGUAUGCUAGGCCGGACAAGGGCUACCGCUUUUUCAUUGAGCAGGUCAGCCACCAUCCACCAAUUGGUGCUGCCUUUGCCGAGUCGAAGCAGUGGGACUACUACGGCGAAUCUGCGGUAAAGUCAAAGUUCUACGGCAAAUCUUUUGACAUUAACCCACUUGGUACCUGGUUCCUGCGGUUACGGCCUACCGCGACUGGCGGAAAGGAGGAGAUGUAUACCUGGAAGAAGGUGACCUCGUCCGUCAUUGGCAUCAUUACUGGCAACCCUGUCAUCGACAACUAUGGUCCCAUGGAAAUCACCAACUGGACGACGGGCGAGAAAUGCAUACUCGACUUCAAGCCCCGUGGCUGGAAGGCCUCUUCUGCAUACCAGGUAGUUGGCAAGGUCUUGGAUGCAGAAAACAGGGUCCGCUGGAGCAUCGGUGGACGAUGGAAUGACAAGAUCUACGCCAGGUUCACUCCUGGCUUUGAGGAUGCCAACAUCGACCAAGGUGGCAAGGCGUCCAAACAUGACGAUAACAAAGCCUUCCUUGUCUGGCAAGCCAACGACCGCCCGAACAACAUCCCCUUCAAUCUGACGCCUUUUGUGGUGACCCUCAAUGCCAUUCCCGACAAACUGCGCCCGAUUGUUGCACCAACAGACACGCGACUCCGGCCCGAUCAGCGUGCCAUGGAAGACGGUGAGUACGAAUUUGCUGCCACGGAAAAGAACCGCGUCGAGGAGAAGCAGCGUGCUACCAGGCGGCAGCGCGAGGCCGAGGGCAAAGAAUUCACGCCAAGAUGGUUUUCAAAGGGAAGGUGCGACAUCACGGGCGAGGAGUACUGGAUUUUCAACCACGAAUACUGGAAGAUUCGUGACCGUGUGGCAAAGGGCGAGAUGGCGUGGGCCGAUGCUGGGUUGGAGGAUAUCUUCUAGGUUUAGAAAAAUGUCAUGCACACACUAAGCCUACGCCGUCGUAUAAUAAGAGGUGUUUUCUGAAAAGAUACAUAUAGAGAUAAUUAUAACCC